UUCAUCUACAGUGCGUACUGUGGUGGUAAUGUACCUUUGGGCUGCCAACCGCCCAUGAAUCCGUAGUAGAAGAAGCAGUAGUUCUCUCUGGGAAACAUGGACAGUGAUCAGCAAUCAAAAGCUCAUGUAUCUAUCCAGAGGGGGUUGUCCAUUCCUCCUCUGCAAAAAUGCAACAGUUGCUGCUCUCCAGGCAAAUUCCACUGUCCGUUUUGUUCACCAGCCUUUUUCAAACCCACUAAGCGCUCCAGAGUUAGACUUCAUUUGGAUAAUCAUCUGAGAAGAGCAUUUUAUGUUGGAGAGUACACGAUCCACAGAUGCGGACUGGAGUGCAGGAAACAGCCACAUUACCACUGUUUAUACUGCACGGCCACAGUGAUGAGGAAAAGAGAUUUCACCAAUCACCUACCAUUUUGCCACCAGGCCCAACAGCGGAGGGCGCAAAAAGUAUCCCAACUACAGCCAGCCAUGACACAAACUAAAGGACUGAGUGCUCCACCGCUGACCCCGGGAGAGAGUGACACCCCUUCAUAUGACAUAGAGAGCGAUGACGUCAGUGAUAACAUCACCAUCAUCCCAGAUUCGGAUGACCACAGCAGCCAAGGAGCGAGCAGCAGCCAGCUAGUGUCUCCCAUCAUCCCCAAGUCAAACGAAUGUGACAGUGUGGGGAAGAGGAAGAGGAGUAUGGAGCCACACUCUUCUAAAUGUCACCAAACUGUACAGACAAACAUUGAAAAACCACAAGACUGCGAUGAAUACUACUUCAUGAACCUUGUGAAACUGUUUAAGAAGUUGUCCCCUCAGAAAAAGGCAGAAGUCAGGAUGAAAAUCGAGAGACUUCUCUUUGAAGCCGAGUUUGACUAGAAAAGGGUGUACACACAAAAACAAAAUUAGUUUUUUGUUUACAAGCUCUGGUGAAGCAUUGUUAAUACUCACUCAGCUGAGAUGCCUCAUUGCCUUCUGGGGCCCGUUUCCCCAAAUUUGCAACAUACGAGCAGCGAUCUACAACAUGGCAUACUGUCCUCUCUCGUUCACUUGAAAUCAUUGUAUUAAUCAAAACACACACAAAUGUGCGCAAAAACAGUAGGACUCACAAAUUUGUCUGCAAUUUGUUAGCAACAAUCGUUUGUGAAACAUGAUGGUGCCACCAUAUGAGACUUGCCUGUAAGCAGUGCUCGAAAACCGCCUUUGCUAAAUGGGCUCCCGGUUUGUUUAAGUUACAUAUAUGUCAGACUUUUUUUUAAGUGCAACUUACUGUUAUACUGACCGAACAAGAAAUGAGGAUCUACUCCAGAUCUUAUGAAUAUUCGUUUGUUUCUUGUGCUGCUAACGUCCGCUUUUUUCUUAAACUCAAAAUACCUAAAACCACAGAAUGAAUUCAGUAUUUCCUUUUUAUGGAGCACUAAUCUGUACUGAAACACCCGUCAUGUUUCAGAGUAGUUAUAAAUGCUGUGUAUAAAAAGAAACAGUUGUUCAUAAUAAUUAACACAUUAUGUUAAGACCUGUACUUUUGAUACAAGACAGAGAGAUGUACUGUGUGGUUCAUAAAGAAUCGCCAAAUAUUUAUGCAGUGAAAACUGCUCAGCCUACCUCACAGAUGCACAGCCGGAGAAAUAAUCUCAGAGCUGGACACUAAUAAUACAGUGUGUCAUAAAUAGACAAAACAAAAUUAAGCUAAUAUUUGUUAAACCUCUGUUAUGGAUUGUUUUUUAUUUUUUAAUUUUUUAAAAUUCAAAUAAAGCACCUGCAUGUACUGGCCUUCAACCAUGUUUUUGUAUUUUUUUAGUUUUAAAUGCAGAUUUUUCUUUUUCAUAGCCUUUUUGGUUAAGAUAGCUGUGUUGUUGUGUUGCUCAACUUGUGUGUAUGUGGGUGUUCAGUUUCUGUGUGGUGAGACAGAGACGUGAAACUUCUGUAUA